AUGGAAAAUUGUUUUCAUUCGAAUGUUUAUGGAUUAGGUAGCUCCGCAGGAUCAUAUCUGACCCACCGGAAAUUUAGAAAUAUUAGAGAACAUAUUAAUAGAAAAACAGCUUACUUAAGGACAGAGACAAAUAGAGAAAAUUUUAGAAAAGAAUGCUUAGAAUUGGCUGAUUAUCUAAUUAAUGAAAAGUCCGCGCCACAAUACGUUCAUCAAGGUACAUGGGAAGAAGGACUUAAGAAAUGGCUUUAUUCUAGCUAUAAAGGUUUAACUAAAUAUGGAGGAUGCCCUAUGAUUUUGGAAGAGACUGAUAAAAAUGUUUUGCAAUUAGCACAUGAUGCAGACGAUUUUUGUGAAAAAAAAAAAAUAUAUAUGGAAGGGCUGAAACAGUUUAAACAAGGGAAUAGUAACUUAUAUAAAUGUAGAGGUGAUUUGGAAUGUACAAGACAAUGUACCGAAUACAAAACAUGGUUUGAAGACAGAAAGAAGUAUUUUGGGAGUCAAAGAAACUACGUUAGGGACAAUUACAAAUGUAUUAAAACAAAAAAACGAUUUCCAACAAGCACCUGUGACAUACUUAAUCCUCAAAUAUUUAGAAACAUUCCUAAAUGCUCAGAAUUGAAAACAACUACAUUUAAAGUAGAAGAAACUAAAACAGAUGAGAAAGAUUCACAAAAACAACUUUUAAAGACAAAAGAAGAAUUAUUCACAUCGCAAGAUCAACCUUCACCCGAAGCUCAACCUUCACCCGAAGCUCAACUUUCACCCGAAGUUCAACUUUCACCCGAAGCUCAAACUGCUCACAAAUCUCAACCCACACAAGAAAUUCAACCUCAAAACGAACCUGAUCUUGAAGUUGAAAAAAUAUCAAAAUAUAAAGAUCAAACUGUAGAGACUGAAGUUUAUAAUAAUAGAGAUGCACAAGAUACUCAACCUGGAAUAUCAGUACACACUGAAAUAUCCAAUUUGUUAAAUACAGAAACACAAGAUCAGUUAAAAUUGAAAUCUUCAGUACCACUAGUAUCAACCGAUCUCUAUAGCACUCAGACUAUUCCAUUUCAUCAAGGACAAAAACCUACCUUAAAUUCUCCCUCUUCAACUAUAUCCCUUGAAAAUUUAGAAAUUAUAUAUUAUAUAAAACAAUUUGUUGUUAAAUUACAGUACUCAAUAUUUGAAAUGUUUAAAAAAAAAAAAAAAAACAUAAGAAGACAAGUGAAAUUUCUGAGAUUACUAGUACCUUCAUUGUCUAAAGAUAAAAAUAAACAUUUAACAGAUGAUCAUUUAGAACACCCAAUAUAUGAUGAGAAUGAAAUCAUAAAAAAAAUUAAAAUAAAUGAAAUUACAAAAAAUAUAAACUCUUCAAAGAAAAAAAAACAUAGGUCGAAAACUAUAAUAGAAGUACAUAUGGAAGUAAUUAAAGAAUGCAAAAAUAAAGAAUGGGAAAACGACAAAGAAGCGUUCUUAGAAAUAUGUAUAGAUGAAUUAGCAAAAGAUUAUUAUAGAACCAAUCCUAACUUAACAGAUGAUGAUCUAAUAAAAGAAAAUAUUAAAAGUAGCAAUGAUAUUAAAAAACAAAAUAUUCAAUGGAAUAAAUGGAUAGAAAGAUAUAGAAAUAUUUCUGAAAAAUUGAAAAAAGAAAACUGGUUUAAUAAUUUAAAAAAUGAAUGGAAAAAAGAAAACGCUUACAUACAAGAUAUGCAAAAAUUAAAAAAGAAAGCUUCUAAUGAAAAUCAUUAUGUUCCAUUUUUAGAAAUAGAAAAAGAUCUAUGGAAACAGUGGAUAUCUAAAAAGGGUAUUAUUAUAGUACAAUAUUUGGAACAGGAUGCCUUUAAAAAAUUGGGAGAAUAUUUUCACAGUAUGUCAGAUGAAUAUUUAAAUGAAGAUAAUAAAAAUUAUGUAUCACUAAAAAAUAUAGAAGAAUUGCAGCACAAAGAAAAUUAUGAAGUAUUAUAUAAAUAUAUAAAAACAAAAUUAUUAACAAAACUCUGUAUUCUAGUGCUUAUGUCGAUAUUAGAAGAAUGUAAAAAGGAGAUGAACUUUGAAAGUAUGGAAUCAUAUUUAGAUAGUUCCAUAAAUGAAUCGAAGAUGGAAGAAUAUUCAGAUAAAAAACAAGAAAUUAUAGAAAAUACAAUAGAAUAUAACAGAAAUAAUUUAGAAAAUACACGAAAUGAAGAAUUCCAUACUCACAUAGGGAAUGACAGUUUCAGGAAUGAGAUAAUAGACUGGAUAAGAGAAGAUGACAUAUAUGCAAAUUCUAUAGUUUAUGAUGGGACAAUGGAAAAAUCCGAUGAAAUAGCAGAAAAACAGUUUUUAUAA